GUAAUCUAAAACAUUUUGUUUACGAGUAAAUACACAAUUAAAUUCUAAAACAAGAGAUAAAAGUGUGGAAAGAUUGAUUUUGUUAAAAAAUGUUUAACACAAAGUCCUUUGAUGUUGUGAGUUUCAAUUCAGAAUUGUCUACUACGAAGCUAGAAACAUCUGCAAAUGUUCAAACCACAGAAAUAGUUUAUGCUGCUGAUGAUACGCAAACCACAGAAACAAGAAGCGUUGCAAUUCAGACAACAAGUGAAGAAAAAGCAAAUGUACAAGUGGAUUAUGACAAGUUAGCAGGUUUUUUAAAAAAAGUAACACCUGGGAUUCUGGGAGCUCUCGAUGAAGCUUAUGGAACAAAUGCUUUUGAUGAUUAUGAUCCUAAUGUUACAGAAGGUUCCUUCGCUACUGUAGCGUUAUUGAAAAAGAUAAAUACUUCAAAAGAAUCCAAUACUCAAAUUAAAGUAAGUGACUUAUCAUGGAGCACUGUCGGUGGAACAUUGGCAGUAGGCUUAAGUCAUAUUUAUCACGAAGCUUGGUGUGACCAUCUUUCCACAAUUCAACUGUAUAAUCUUACAGUGGAGGAUAAUCUCACAGAUACACCUACUAAAACAUUAGAGACAAACGGAUGUGUCACAACACUAUGUUAUCACCCAACAGAACCUUCUAUUCUUGCAGCUGGAUUGUCCAAUUGGGAAGUAUUGGUCUGGAAUCUUAGAAAUGAUGAUUCUGUCACGCCAACGCACGUAUGUACGCACGGCGAUUGCGUAUCUCAAGUGUACUGGAGACCGAGAUCGGUAAAUGACGUAACUCUGCUGUUAACCUCCAGCAAGGAUGGAUACAUACUAAUUCAUAAAUUGACAGCUAAUUUUACAACCGCCCAACUGCAUAAACGAUUCAAAAUAGUCAAAGAACGUAAUCCAGUGGAAAAUGCGAGACCACGCAGCGCCGGAGGUACACGCGAACGUGCCGCGGAAGCGGGAUUAUGCAUUACGAGCUUCGAUUUCUCUCCAAAGCAUUCUAGCAUAUUCGUCGUUGGCACGUUAUGCGGCGGAAUUUAUAAAUGUAGUUUGGACAGUGUAACUCCUAUCGAGGGAGACAACACACUUAUAGAUCCUGUAAUCGACGAGUAUGAAAGACACGGAGGUAGCAUCACUUGCAUCAAAUGCGCGCCGUUGCGUGAUUUAUUCGUUAGCAGUGCUACCGACAAAGAAAUCCGUAUAUACAGUUUGGAUGAGCAUGUUAGUCAGCGAACCAUUUCUAUUGACAAUACAGUCGUGGGAUUAAUAUGGAUGAUCGGCAAUCAAGAUAUAUUCGCGGCGUAUGGAGCAGACGCGUUUAUAAAAUUCUACAACGUCACAGACGGCAAGUCCAUAACGUGCGCGAAUUUCGAGGUCACUGGCAAAGAAAGUAUCAGCAGCUUACGCAUCAAUUCCAAGAGAGAUAUGCUGGCUGUUGGAGAUGUCCGCGCAAACGUUGGAGUAUGGAAAUUUCCACGUCACUUGUUUUGAAUACAUCUCCGGCUGACGCAAUUGCUUGUGAUAUGUGCUGAAUGGAUUGACACUAUACGUUAUUGUAUUGCACAUACAUACAUACAUACAUAUAUAUGUUUUUACUGAAAUAAAUUAUUUGAAACAUUGAA